AUGUCUCCAUUAAAUAUUGCUGUUGUUGGUACUGGUAUUUUUGCUACUGAUGCUCAUUUACCUGCCAUUAAAAAUAUCCCUGAAUUAAAUGUUACUGCUGCUUUUAAUAGAACUAAAUCUAAAGCUGAAGUAUUUGCUAAAAAGGCUAAAAUUUCUAAAGUUUAUGAUAAUUUAGAAGAUGUCUUUGAAGAUAAAUCAAUUGAUUUUGUUGAUGCUUUAUUACCUGUUCAAUAUAAUUUAGAUGUUGUUAAAUUAGCUAUUAAACAUAAGAAACCAAUUGCUUUUGAAAAACCAAUUGCUGCUAAUUUAACUCAAGCUAAAGAAAUUGUUAAAUUAUCUGAAUCUACUGAUGUCCCAAUUUUAGUUUUAGAAAAUUUCACUUACUUAAAGGCACUUAAUAUUAUUAAAGAAUUACUUCCAAAGAUUGGUGAAGUUCUUUCAUUCACUUAUAGAUAUACUGGACCAUUUAAUGCUUCUAAUAAGUACAUUGCUACUCCUUGGAGAUUAAAUCCAGAACAUGUUGGUGGUUACUUAUCUGAUGGUGGAGUUCAUCAAUUGGCAGUUUUAACUGAAAUUUUAGGUCAAGUUGAAUCUGUAAGUGCAUUAACUAAACAAGUUAGAGAACAAAGUGGAGCUGAUGAUAUUUUAUUCUCAACUUUUAAAUUAAAGAGUGGUGUUAUUGGUACUUUUACUUAUGGUUCAGCUUUUGGAGCUACUGAUAAAACUUCUGUAUUAACAAUUUAUGGUACUGAAGGUUCAAUUGAUUAUGAUUUCUCUCCAUCAUUAGCUAAUCCAACUGUUACUUAUCAAACUGGUACCUCAAAUGCUGAUAUUUCUGCCAAGACUGUUAUUCAAAUUGAAGAAAAUGCUACUAUUGAAGAAGAAUUUAAAAACAUUGCUGCUUCUGUUGUUGCUAAAGAUAAAUCAGUUCUUAAUGUUCCUCCAAGAAAGGCUUUCCAUCAUUUUGCUAUUGUAGUUGCUGCUUUAGAAAGUUCAAAGAAUAAUGGUUCAUCUGUUAAAGUUGAAACCCCAUAA